AUGAGUACCACGUUCGAAACUGCUCGGACAGAAUGCGCCAACCUCGUCAAGGAACUUGACGCUCACAUAAAUUCGGCGCAGACCACCCUGGCCCGUAUAAAAGAGCAGCACGAAGCAAAUCGCGUCGACUUGUCAGCGCGACUCCAGGCUAAUGAAGAGAAAAUUCGUGCGUUGUGUGCGGAGUAUUCUCCGUUGCUCGAUGGCGUCGUUCCCCAGCGCAUACAAAGUGUAGAUACGUUGAAGGCUAUGGUCCAUGCAUCGGACGUGGAAACGCGUAAGUCACGAAAGAGAUUGAUGAAGCAGGCAAAGGCGCGCCUCGAUGACGCACGAGAGAGGCACAAGCUUGCUGUGGAUGCCUCCGAACUCGUGAAGCAUUACAAAGCACUUGUCCUUGCGCUGUAG